UUGGCUCUGGGAGCGACAAGUCAACACAUUGCUCCUAUAUAAACAGGUUGGGCCAGUGGUGCUUCUUAGUCACAGUCAUUUCUGGAGAGGAAUACAACUCGAGUGCCACCAUGAAUAAGCUGCUAGUCAUUACUGUGCUGGUUGCACUCCUUGCUCUCAGCACUGAAAGCUUCCGUGUGCCGAGGCAGAUUGAGGAGGAGCAGGGGACCCUGACCAAGAUCACAGAUAGUGUCAGGUCCUACUAUGACUCUGCCGUCAACUCUGCGAGUGGAUACCUGGAAAGCAUCAAGGGCCUGAAGCUGGAGGAGAAGGCAAAGAAUCUUUACACUGAUACUACCACAGUUGUGAGCACCUACGCUGGCAUUCUACAAGACCAAAUUUACCACAUCUUUUACCCCCAGCAGUAAACAAAAACUGAUUUAUACCUUUUCUGACAGCAUAAGAACUUUCAAGCUCCACAUGAAAGGGCCAAACAUCAUUUGACAUUCUGAACUUGGUCGUAUCUCACCUCACCCAAGCCUCAAAACCUCAAACAGCAUCUUCAAAAAUAAUGGACCCCGUGCUUUUUUUGUGGUGCUUUCUCGGGCCAUUGCACUGGUGGUAAAUGAUGAUAACCACCCAACGGGGACUGUAAUCCUUUGAAAAAACAACUACCAGCUUACACAGAGAAACAGGACAGAACAUCUUGGCGGGCACAAGAAAAGGAGCACACAGCACAUUAUCAUGUACUGAUGAAUUUCUCAAUGGGUCUCAAAAUUAGAAAACAACCAGCCAUGGAAAUAAUGCAAAUAAUUUAAUAAUCUAUCGCCAACUACUGGUGUUUUCCCCAAAGUUGACUCUAACAGUCAUCUUACCUCUGAAGAAAUUUAAAUAUUUGUGUCAUAUCUUGAAAUAAAAUAUUUAUACAAAAAAAAACUGGAUUAAUGAGAAUUUAGUUUACUGUUUGAUCUAGUAAAUUGUGCAUAUUUCUCCUGUCUCUUCGUGUAAGACCUGUGUUUCUUUUUAUCUCACUGAUGCAAAGGAUCAUGUGUUUAUGUCUGUAUGAAUCUGCAAUGAGGCACCAGACUUGUAUCAGCUGAGGCAGCACCAGAACAGAGGCUUCUGUUGCAAUUAAUAAUGGAUGAAAAGAAACAACAUGUAAAAUGUGAGCGCAGAGAAACCGACAGAGAUGAAUAAACAACACAGACUGUGAA